CUGAGUAAUCAAUAUGGCCUCCAGGUCUACGCGGGGCACGCUAGCGUAGUGUAGAUAUUUCUCAAAAAAUCUUUAGAACAAAUAAUUUCUGUGAUAAUAUAAUUAGUCAAGCUGUUAAAAGGUGUAUGGAGAAGUAUUUUCAUGGUGUUUACUGUUAUAUCAGUGAUAGUAUUCAGUCAGAAAGAAAUUUAGAAGGCAUUCUACCGUUAUAGCUAUUUGUACUUUGCAGAAGACGUUAUAGUACAAUUCGAUAGUCGUUCGGCGUUUAGCGAUUAAUUUAUUGGCCAUUGAAUUUUAUGAUGAGGUGGCGUUUUAAGUGUAAGAAUUCAUAGUUUCCAGUUAAAAUCUAUUAUUAUGUCGGAGAAUAAGAGCAAGGAAGAUGCUACGAUGGAGGGUUGUCAAGAAGGGGGCGAAGAGGAUGAUAUGACUACCGAAAAGGUCGGAGAUAAGGUCAGUAUCCAACAGAUCCUCGAGGGUAUGACGAAUGAAUUUAACAAAAGUGUGAGUCCCGUAAAAAAUGCAGAAAUUAAUCGAUCAGAAAAGUCAGAAUACAAGGAAAUUGAAAAACCGGUACCGCCUCUUGACGAAAUGCCAUCAGUUGAGAAAGAAAAUGUAAGUGAUAAGGAUGCAGAAGAUAUUCUAACAAAACAAAAUACUACGGAAUCAAUAUCUACGGAUGAAAAUCAUAAAGAAGAUGAAAGUAUUGGAAAACAGGAAACUGUGAAAAAAGAUAGUGGAAUUCCGCGUAUUGUUCUUACAUUCAGAACAAUCGACGAAAAUACCGAUCAUGGAAAAAAAACCAAAAUAUCGAGUUGCUCUUCCAACCUCACUUUAGUUCCUGAUGAAUUGGCAAAUUGUGACCAAAUUAGCGGUGUUUCUGUCAAGAUUGAGAACUCAGAUGAAAACUCUGACACUAUCGAGAAAUCAGAUUCAGAAGAAGGUAGAAUAGAAGAACCAGUUAAAGAAUCUAAAAAUAAGGAAUCAGAAGAAAGUACACAAGAGUCAAAAUCACCAAAGGAAGAUGUCAACGUUAUAACAGAAAACAAAAAUACUAUUCCUAAUGAAAAAACAAAGACUGAUGAACCAGAUACUUCAACAGAAUCUAUAGAACAAAUGGAUCAAGCAGAUAGCAUAGUUCCAGUUACGAGGAAAAGAAGGACAGGACGACCUAGAUUAAGAGCACUUAGUGAUCACACUGAAGAACCUCCAGGUCCUAAACGUUCGGCUAGAAGAUUAUGUAAAGAAACAUGGAAGAGUACUGUAUUAGAAAAUGCAAUGGCAAGAAAAGAGAAAUCUAAUUAUACAGAAGAAAAUUUGCAAUUUAAGAAACAAAGGAAAUAUAAUAAACCAGGAAGACCUAAGAAAGUGAUACAAGGAAAAGAUCAAAAUAAACAGUUGCAAACUAAACCUCCUGAUAUACGUCAGGAAUUAGAAUCCUCCAUUUUAGAUGGAAAUAUUACUAUUUCUGAGGUAAAUUCAUUAGAAUACUCUAGAAAUUCUACCGUAUCAGAAAACAAUACAAAUGAAACAAUACUGGAUGAAUCACAAAAUUUUUCAUCUGAUUUUGAUGGUAUGCCAAAAUUGUCUCCUAUGAUAAAAAGUUCAGAGUCACAGACAAAACUAGGAAACUCAAUUGGAAAUUCCUCAAAUGAUGACAUAUCUCUAAUGGAUAUGGAAAAGCCAUUUCUAAAACCUGCUACUGGUAGACCUAAACGAGAAAGAGGAAGGCCUAGAGGAAGUCAAGCUGCAAGAAAAAUUGCUAAAGCAGAUUCAUUUGAAGAUGGAUCUGUAUCAGUAGCAGAAACAGGCAAAAACAAUGAUUAUCCUGAAGGUAAUAUUUUAAAAUUUAUUAAUAUAAGUUAUGUUAUUAUAUUAUUACAAAAUUAUUAUUAUAUUUGUUAUAUUAUUACAAAAAGUAUAUAUAUAUUUAUAGUAUUAAUUUCAUACAUAAGUAUACGUAUAAUUGCAGAAAGCACAGUACCUGUUAAAAGAACAAGGAGAAGUAUGGCUCCAAGUCCAAGUCCUGCAGAAGGACAGGCCUCAAAGCCAGAAUCAACAGCAGUUAUGAGCGAAACAUAUGGUCAAGCAAUGUUGUGUUUAUGUCAAGUAAGGUCUCAACUAUAUGUAACAAUAACUGGCUCUGGAGCACCAUUAUAUUGUACUGCAAUAGAUUCUAUCGAUAAUCGAUUGAUAGGAUGUUGUAAUGAAGUUGAUAGUAAUGAUGUAGCAAUGAGGAGACCGAGUACACGUGUUCCUUUUAUUAUCUUAUGUCGAGUACACAAAGAAAGGCUUUUAAGGCAUAAUUGUUGUCCUUCUUGUGGGCUGUUUUGUUCACAUGGAAGAUUUGUACAAUGUAUUAAUGGUCAUCAAUAUCAUCGUGAAUGUGAAAUUUAUCCAAAUAAAAAGGGUGUAUGUCCACAUUGUGGAAAUGAAACUACAGCAUACGAUGUAAUGGUGACUAUGAGUGGUUUAAGAAAACCUGUAUUCAUUCCAACUCGAAAGAAAUUUUCAAAACUGCCUUCUGCAAAGAUGAGUUUACCAGGUAAAGGUGAUAACACAAAGUUAGCAGAACGUCCUCCAAGUCCUCUGAUUCAACCAGAUAUCAUUAAAAUACCUGAGCCAUCUAUUAAUUCUGAGAGACCAGAACGUUAUACUAUCAUGAGUCUUUACACAUCUGUAAAGAAUGGAGAUUUGGAAAAGCUAGUUAAUGUUUUAGCAUGCGGAUAUAAUGCAAAUCAUACAUUCCGAGAUUAUGCUCAUCGGACUGGCCUUCAUAUAGCCGCGGAUAAAGGUCAUUUGUCUUGUGUACAUGUACUGGUACAAGGUGGCGCUCAAUUAGACGUGAUGGACAGAAAUCAAUUAACACCUUUAAUGUUAGCUGCUAAUAAGGGUAAAGCUGAUGUGGUAAAAUAUUUGAUAAAGAUAGGUGCUGAUGUUACAUUGAAAGGAGAAGAUGGUAUGACUGCUUUGCACAUGGCUGCCAAAUCUGGUCAUUUAGAAGUCUGUAAAAUAAUAUUAACAGAAUGCAAAGCACCAAGAACAUUAGUAGAUUCAGUGGAUGAUGGUGGAUGGACUAGUUUAAUUUGGGCUUGUGAGUUUUGUCAUACCGAUGUUGCACGAUUUUUGUUGGAUAAAAAGUGUGAUCCAUUAAUUCGAGAUGCAGAACAAAAUAUAGCGUUACAUUGGAGUGCUUUCAGUGGAAGUUCAGAAAUCACAGAAAUGCUACUUAAUGAAGGAUGUGACGUGAACGCUGUCAACGUCCAUGGGGAUACACCUUUACAUAUAGCUGCAAGACAAGAUCAGUACGCAGUUAGCGUUCUUUUAUUAGCUCGCGGUGCUAAAAUAGGAGAACUUAAUGCUGCAGGAGAAACAGCAGUAAAUUGCUGUACAAAUGAUGGUGAUACUAUGUCUGCUUUAAGAUUAAAUGCCAAAGUUAAUGAACUUUCUGAACAUAUGUGGGAAAAAACAAUCAAAAUAUUAACCAAUGAUAUUUCACGUGGUAAAGAGACGAAUCCAAUACAGUGUGUGAAUGGGUACGAUUCAGAAGAUAAACCAACAGAUUUUCUCUACGUAACUGAAAAUUGUUUUACUAGUAGUAUAAACGUUGAUCGCACGAUAACGUCCUUACAAUCUUGUCGAUGUGAAGAUAAUUGUAGUUCAGAGAAAUGUUUAUGCGGAAACAUAAGUUUAAGAUGUUGGUAUGACGAAGAAGGAAAAUUAAUUCCUGAAUUUAAUUAUGCAGACCCCCCAAUGUUAUUUGAAUGCAAUCCAGCGUGUGAUUGUAAUCGUAUAACGUGUAAUAAUCGCGUUGUUCAGUAUGGUCUAACACAAAGAUUUCAAUUAUUUCGAACGGACGGUAAAGGAUGGGGACUUAAAACGUUACGGUACAUUCCGAAAGGUUCCUACGUAUGUGAAUAUGUUGGUGAGAUUAUUUCAGACUCUGAAGCAGAUCAUCGAGAAGAUGAUUCUUAUUUAUUUGACUUGGACAAUAGAGAUGGAGAAACAUAUUGUAUCGAUGCGAGACGCUAUGGAAACAUUGCUCGUUUUAUAAAUCAUUCUUGCGCGCCCAAUCUCUUGCCAGUACGAGUGUUUGUUGAACAUCAAGAUCUGCAUUUUCCUAGAAUAGCAUUUUUUGCGAAUCGCGACAUCGAGGCAGAUGAAGAGCUCGGCUUUGAUUAUGGAGAGAAAUUCUGGAUAAUAAAAUGCAAGUCAUUCACAUGUACCUGUGGAGCCGAAAACUGCCGAUAUUCUGAGAAGACUAUACAAGUUACCUUGGACAACUACCGCAGAAAAAUACAGCAAGAAGAAAUGCUGGCAGCUCAAUCAUCGUAAUCCUAAAACAAUUUAGUAAAUCUGUGCAAUUAUUUUAUUAGUUUUAAUAUUUUUUCUUAUUACUCGGAUUGUUAAUAGAGAAUCUCUAACUUUUGUAUUCAUGAUUUGUGAAAAAAAUACAAGUACAAAUGGUGGUGGGAUCUGGAUUUGUCGGGAUAACUAAAAAGAUGAAACUGAUCUUGUUAUUUGAACUAAGAAGGAACUACGUUUUUCUUAUUCCAGUUCGUCGAAAUCGAACAUGUCCAUAUUAAUUUACAACUUGACUAUUUUUUCCUAUUUCGGGGGAUGUGCUACUUUUCGGUUCUUUUUUAAUAAAAUUACAAUAUGCAUAAUAUAUAUAUAUAUAUAUAUAUUGUUAAAUAGGUUUUGUAAUUUACAUAAUGUAGAAAUUGUAAUGGAAUGUUUGUUUAUAAUUGUUACAAUUUUGCGAACAAUAUGCGUGGUUAGGAAAAAAUGAAUUACUGAUUGGUGUACGUUAUAAUGAAUGCUGUAUGUUCGAAAUUAAUUAAAGUUACGAGUUCGAUAUCUGCUUAUUCAGUUCUAGAGAAUGAUUGUAUAAUAAAUGUUUGUGUAAUUACGAACAGCUUAGAACAUAAGUACACCUUUUUGUACAAACUAUUGAUUUUUUGUAUAAUAAAAGAAAUUUAGUUCUUUUUA